CACGACCACCUUGAACAAUCCUUAUCAAGAAUGUCUGAGUUCUCACUUCACAUGAAUAUGGCCCCUCUCAUGGAGCAAUAUUCUAGACGCGGCAUGAUCUGCAACAUUGGGAAGCCGAAAAAGAAUGGGUCGCAUGUGAAGUGGAGGCUUGCCGGAGGUGGUGAAAAAAAGCCACCCCGGGAUGUCCCUCCCGGUCACUUGGCUGUAGUAGUAGGGGAAGCUAGAAGAAGGUUCAUUGUAAGAGCGGGUUUUCUGAACCACCCAGUUCUACGCCAACUGCUAGAUCGAGCAUAUGAAGAGUAUGGUCAUGAUAGCCCUGGCCCUUUAGCUAUACCAUGUGACGAGUUUCUGUUUGAAGAUUUAGUUCACUCUCUUGGAGGUAGAACAAUCAGCAAUCAGUUCUCCUGCCCCUUCAUGGCUUUCUGAGAAGUUUAUCACACUAGACAGAUUAUUACAGCAGUGGUGGAAGCGGCAGCAACAGUUAUCUGCGAUCGCUAUUAUUUCUAUCUCCAUAGAAAUACCAUUAUACCAAGCAAGCAGUAGAUAGAAAGGUGCUAAAUUAAAGAACUGCAUUAAGCAUUUUGAGAGACUUGUUGAAAAAAAUAUAUGCAUUAUGCGGGCCGUUUUCAUUUAGUAGCAGGUGAAGAUGCAAUGUCUUGUGUAUAGGGAAUAAAAAGUAUGAGUUUUAACAAUUAUCCUUGCAUAUAUUGUAAAACCAUUUUGUGAAUGACAAUGAAUUAUGCGAGAAUAAA